AUGCAACAAGCAGCAAGUUCCAUCAAGGAUAAGCGUAUCAAGGUCCUGAUCUACUAUGCCUUCGACAAGGCUAUCGCGGCUCGCUCUGAGGUGACGAGUCACUUCAAAGGACCUAAAGCCAUCUUCGAGUCUCUGUGCUCUGACGGAUUCUCAUCCUCGAAGGCAAAAGAGACAAGUUCUACGAGCACGCCAGAUCCGAAUCCCUUCGAGACACUCAGUAAUCUGCAAAUAGAGAGCGACUCACCCAGUGCAAGCGGGAACGAAGAUAAUGAGGCCGAUGAGGCACACUACGAGCACUCGAAAGAUGGACGAGACGACGCUGGAGAUGACGGCAUCAAGGACGAUGUAUUUGUUCAAGAUCUUGAGUUGUGUUUUGUGCUUUGGGUUCGUUCCGCCUUUUUGAGGGAAGUGUCCGUCCGAACUGACCCGUUCUUCAGGAUCUCGAAACGACUUGCUCAAAGGUCAGGACAUACUGGACCGAUGCUGCAGGAAGUAAGAUGCCGUUCAUACUCGCGGCCUUUCUCACCAACGCUGCCAUGGCUAAUAUGGCAACUCGCUUCCACUGUGGACGACGAUUCUCCGAUACGUGUGAAUUAA